UUGCCACAAAGCGUGGAAAUGGGAGGUGGAAGGAAAAACAAUGAGGCUUCCUGUUGUUGGUGAGACCCGCUCAGGACGAGCCGAGAGGAGAGGCAGAGGGAGGGAGGGCAGGACAGAAGAGGCCUCUUCGGAAACGGAGAAAAGCCCGAGACACUGAGGGUAAAAUGGGAAAAGCAGCCGUCCUUGUUGCCGUCGUCUGCCUGUCUGCUCUUUCCCUGUGCGACAGCAGUAACGAGAGCCUGGACGACCAAGUGGGAGCCGGGAGUCCAGACGGUGGAACAACAAUCCAGGAUGAGGACAUACAACCGCUUUCUAGUCCUGAGCCAGUCAAACCGCAGGACAGUGAGGGAGGGGAGGGAGGCCCUGAGGAACCAGAGCCAACAUCCCCCAUCUCAGACUUCGAGAACACCUACAAUUAUGUCUUGUCCAGACUGGCAGCCAUGGACCAGGCCAUCCACAGGCUGAAUGUGGCACACUACACUCUGGACGUGAAGAUGGCCCAGCUACUGGACAGGGUCUCCCGAUUAGACGGCAAAAUUGGGGAGACGGAGGAUGCCGUGCAUCAGGUGUCACUCAUGAGCAAGGAGAACCGGAAAGAAGUCGGGCGUCUGGAAGGCUGUCAGAAGGGCCGGAGGGUGGGGUAUAAGUGCUUCCUGGUGUACCGGUCGUACGAGACGUACGCCAGGGCGGCGCAGCUGUGCCAGGAGCGGGGCGGCAGAAUGGCAAUGCCCCGGGACAGGAAGGAGCAGGAGGCCCUGGCCGACUACGCACGCAGUUUCUUCCACCCCGGGAACUGGCCGGUCUGGCUGGGCAUCAAUGACCAGCGCUCCGAGGGCCUCUACCUGUUCGAGGACGGCACGCGGGUCACCUACUUCCAGUGGCGUAAGCACUUCCUGUCCAGCCAACCGGACGGAGGCAAGCGGGAAAACUGUGUGGCUAUGUCCUCUGACGACGGUGACUGGUGGGACAAUUACUGUGACAGGCGAAUGUACUACCUCUGCGAGUUUGAUGCCUGAACCCUUCCCCCCCAUAUUCCUACUCGACCAGUUCCUGCAUCAGAGGAAGCCAUUAAAUCUACUAAACACCAUCAUCAAGCAACCAUACCUGACAUCAACUAUUACUACAAACUCAAAAUGUUCUGCUCUGUAUAUAUUUAAAAAAAGAUUAUUCACAACUUGUACGUAUACAAAGUAUGUUCAU